AUGGAACGUGAAAGUACUGCACCUUAUGUAUCACCGGAAAUUUCGGAUCCGGAUGCAGAACAACAAGCACCACUUAAUACUGCUACUCAUCGUAUUCCAUUUAUCGAUAUUGAUAGUUUAACAUCAUUAGUUGGACAUGAUGAUGUAUAUGAAAUACCACCUCGAAUUGAGAUUAUCGAAGAACCAAAACAUAUUUUGGCAAAAUCAGAAGAAAUACAUCGACCAUUGCUAUCAAGCGCUCAUGUCACACCACGAAAACAUUCAUUACAAGGCAUUUAUAAUAUAAUUAAUGUUGUACGUAAAAGAAGUUUGGGAAGGCAUUUCGUACAAUAA